UUUCUUCUCCGCCUCUUUUGAACACAGAGCACUCCCUCCGUCUCUCUGCUCUUCAGUGCUGGACGCCAUUGAAGCACUUCGAAGAAAGUAACAGCAGAAGAAGAAGAAACAGACGACUCAAAUAAGACACCUCAAACUACCUCACCGAAACCUCCAAUAGCAAGCCCACAUUUUGUCUCCUGAGUUGCUUCUACCCCUUCACCUCCUUUCUUCCUGUAACUGUCCCCUCAGCCCCCAAAAACCCUCAACACAAAACCCUACCCACAAACGAAAAAUGCAGCAUCCCAAACCCAUCUCCCUCUUCCUUCUCUUCUUCUUCGUCUUCAUUACCACCACCCAUUUCUCAGCUCAAACAGCAACCGCGAAAUCCACAAUCGAGCCCUGCUCCAACUCCGACUCCUGCAGCGCACUCCUCGGCUACACACUCUACACCGACCUCAAAGUCUCGGAGGUCGCUUCCCUCUUCCAAAUCGACCCAAUCGCCCUCCUCACAGCAAAUUCCAUCGACAUUUCCUACCCGGACGUCGAGAAUCGCAUCCUCCCUUCCCAGCUCUUCCUCAAGGUCCCAAUCUCUUGCUCCUGCGUCGACGGCAUCCGCAAAUCGGUCUCCACCCACUACAAGACUCGCCCUUCCGAUACUCUCGCUGGCAUCGCCGACUCAAUUUACGCCGGGCUGGUGUCCGCCGACCAGAUUAAGGAGGCCAAUUCGAUACAGGACCCUUCUGUGCUUGACGUCGGCGAGACCCUUGUGGUCCCUUUGCCCUGCACUUGUUUCAAUGGGACUGAUAACGCCUUGCCGGCUAUCUAUCUCUCGUAUGUGGUGAAGGAUGUGGAUACUCUCACUGGGAUUGCUGCUAGGUACACCACUACUAUCAGUGAUCUGAUGAAUGUUAAUGCCAUGGGCAGCACCGCCAUCAAGGCUGGUGAUAUACUCGCCGUGCCGUUGCCUGCUUGUGCUUCUAGGUUUCCACGAUACGCCUCUGAUUCCGGUUUAAUGGUGCCAAAUGGGAGUUAUGCUAUCGUUGCGAGUCAUUGUGUGCAAUGCAGCUGUGGGCCUGCGAAUCUCAACUUGUACUGUAUGCCUGCUUCGUUGGCGGUGUCUUGUUCGAGCAUGCAAUGCCGAGGCAGCAAUCUUAUGCUUGGAAAUGUAACGCAGCAGCAGAGCAGUGCUGGGUGCAAUGUGACCUCUUGUAGUUAUGGUGGAUACGUUAAUGACACUAUUAUCACCACGUUGUCCACAUCCCUUCAACCACGAUGCCCUGGGCAACAACAGUUUCCUGCACUUAUAGCCCCUCCUACAACUGUAACCAGGGAUGCAACAUUUGCUUCAGCACCAGCACCGUCCCCUCAGGGAUAUGCCGGCGGCAAUAUUGGGCCGAAUACAGUUCCGACAACUGGCUCAAUGCCAGGAGGAUUUCCAGCGGCAAACGGUCCCGUGGGAAGUGCAUCAGGAUCAGAUGCCUGCUCACUGGGGAUCCCUCAUUUGGGUAGAAGUUUAUUUACAGCUUCAUUUGCUUUGUUCAUGGUCGUCAAGUUAAUGUUGUAGCAUGUUUAUGGCGUAAGCUAGCUUUGAUGAGGGUUUUUGUUUUGCUCCGAUUGGUUCGGUUUUGCUGGCACUCAACUGCAAAACCUUGACUAUUUGUAUGUAGCUAGUUUGAUUCAAUACUCUCCCACUCUUCUUGAACGACUGAUUUUGGCGAUGUUGAGUUACGGGUUGUAAUUUAUCUCUUUAGUACAUGAUGCUAUUCUAAUUCUUUUGUGGAUGCUGGAGUAUGAUUGUUGAUUUCUGGUUGAUCUGUUGAUGUAAGUUGGAGCUUUGAAUCUUGACUUGUUCUUGCUUGGAGUUCUUUGCUGGGGGAAAAAAACUUGGAGAAGAUGAUGAUGAUGAUGAUGAUGAUAAAACCUGAACGACAAACUCGUAUCCGGAUUCUAUUCCUUCAAGGUCCGGCAGUUGUUCUUAG